AUGGGCGUCCCGGAAGCUACUGAAAAUGCAGAAAAUGAUACAAUAUCAUACAUAGACCCUCCAUUGAGCUAUCAUAGCGUUGAUGAAGAGAAACAAAUAAGCGCAAUCACUGAUCCGACCGAGAUCCCUCAAGAUGAAGCCAACCCGGACGAUACAGUGUGGAAGCCUGGGGUUAGGGAGUGGUUGGUUCUAGUUUGUGUCUCUACUCUGGCGAUGAUGGAUUCCUUUUGCGCGACAACGGUUGUAUCUCUCAUACCAGGUUUAUCGAAAAGCUUUAGCAAGCCAAUAGCCGCUACCCUAUGGUGUGCUACAGGAUACUUAUUAGCCAACGCAGCGAGUCAAGCCUUCUUCUUCCUGCUAUCCGAAGUAUUCGGCCACGGGCCACUUCUCCUGAUAGCGGUCGUCGUGUCCACCAUAGGGACAGGAAUUUGCGGUGGCUCAUCGAACCUACCCACAUUAAUCGCUGGCCGAUUUAUCCAAGGUAUUGGCGGUGGCGGUGCGACGUCAAUAUCUCUCCUGAUUGUGGCGGACAUGAUACCCCCUCCCUAUCGAGGACGAUUUUCCGGUUACGUGUUCAUGAAUCAAGUAGCUGGCGCCAUGCUGGGCCCGUUCCUAGGCGGUAUAUUCAUCGAUUAUGUUGAAUAUAGCUGGGCGUUCUAUUUCAACUUAGUAUUCUGUGCCUUGGGGAUGCUUAUGAUACCUUUUGCGAUUGAUCUCAGAGGACAGAAGGGAGACUACUUCUAUAAACUGCGUGUGGUGGACUGGAUUGGUGCAUUUCUGACUAUGCUGGGGAUCGGCUGUCUUCUGGUCGGUCUGAGCUUUGGAGGAACAUUAUGCAAAUGGGACGAUUGGCAGACUCUGACACCGUUAGUUAUUGGAGGAGCUUCGAUCAUUGCCUUGAUCGUCUACGAGAAUAUCUGGGCAGUGCAGCCGCUAUUCAGUUCGACGGUGUUCAGAAGUUACUCAGCUGUGAUGGCAUAUAUAGGAAGCUUUCUCCACGGACUCCUGAUGUUUUGCCAGCUACAAUAUCUCAUCAUAUACCUCGCCUCCAUUAAGCUCCUUGCUCUAACCUCCGCAGGCGUCAGCUUGAUGGCCAUAACGGGCUUUUCUUUAUUGACAACCAUCUUCUCCAACAGAUAUGCCAAUACUCCUAGAAGUUCUCCAUGGACUAUCCGUGCUGGAUGGAUACUCAACAUAUUGGCAACUGCGCUUCUGAUAGUCUUGUACUCUCAGACCCCAACGGCAGGAUGGAUAUUCAUCUUCAUAACCGCAGGAAUGGGCCACGGACUGCUCAUAUCCGGGUACAACACAUACAUGCAAGCUUUCCCGCAAAGGCAAGAUGGAGAAGAUGAACACAGAGUUUCCGCAUCCGCCAUGAUCAUGUAUUCGUUUCUGCGGACUUGGGGGAUGUGCAUUGCUAUUCCUGUUGGGGGAGCGAUGCUCCUGAACCAGAUGAAUGGGAAUAUUGUCAGCAUAUCUAAUGAUGAUGUUGAUAAUGGGCAUGCCAAGAGAAGACUAAUUACCAGUGAGGGGAUAACUAAUAUGCACUUUAUCCGACUUGUGGGGUUUCAGAUCGUGUGGCAGGUUUUUACUGGAGUGGCAGCGCUAGGAGGAAUUACAUCGUGUUUUGUUCAUGUGAAGAGGGAGAAAUGA